AUGUGGAAGAUGAAGUUGGAGUUGGAGUUGGGGUUGGAGUUGGAGUUGGAUCUUGGGUUGGGGUUUGAGUUUGCGUUUCGACUUGUGAUGGAGUUGGGGUUGGUUUUGAUGGGACUGAGUCUGAAGAAGGAAUUGGAGUUGGAGUUGGAGUAG